CGUUGCUUGGAGGCCUUGGGCUCUGCGAAAUCGCCCGCCGUGAGCAACCUUGCCACGCCCGGGUCUGAGGGUGAGGGGCGGGGUUUGCCUUCGACACCCCCGCCGCUCCGGCGGGGGGGCGGCUUUCCCCAGCGCCUACGGCGCCGUCGAGGCGGCGACCAUGUCGCUCAUGGCGGCGCUGUGGGCGCUGCGCCGGGAGCAGCGCGCGGCGCGCAGGCUGCUGGGGGCCACCAGCAGGCGCGAGCUGCAGCGCUACGCGCUGUGCGGCGUCGCCAUGACCGUGCACCACGGCACCGGGCUGGCGGCCAUGUGCCGCGUGAACUACACGACGGCGAUGCUGUUUACAGCGGCGAAGCUGCCCUCGGUCAUGCUGGCGGGCGUGGUGGUCAACCCGACGGCUUCGCGCCCCGCGCCCGCGGCCUUCGUGUCGGCGGUCUGCGUGGGGGUCGGGUUGGCCCUCUUCGGGAUCGCGGAGAGCGGGAUGGCGCCGCGGUUCAGCACCUCCGGGCUACUGUUCAUCGCCGCCAACCUUGUGCUCGGCGCUGGGGUGUUCAACUUCCAGCAGCGGGUGCUCCAUUCGGGCGCCUGCCGCAAGG